AUGGUAAUCAUCAAGAUGGAUUCUCAUCUGCACACACCCAUGUACUUCUUCCUGGUGAACCUAUCCUGUUGUGAUAUCUUUUAUUCUUCAGUUAUGGUACCAAAGUUGGUUCAAAUACUUCUGACCAAGAACAAAACCAUCUCCUUCAGUGGGUGCCUAGCACAGAUUGGACUGACAUUUUUCAUUGCUUCAUCUGAAUCCUUUAUCCUCUCAGCCAUGGCCUAUGACCGCUACUCAGCCAUCUGCAACCCUCUGUUUUAUAUGAUGGUCAUGAGCAAAAGAUUCUGUGUCUUUCUGACCUGUGGUUCUUGUCUACUUGGGAUCGCCAGCUCCCUGCUCAACACCCUGCCUUUGUUGAGGCUAAAUUUCUGUGGUCCUCAUCUUAUCUACCACUACAGCUGUGAGAUGCCUGAACUCUUAACCCUCUCCUGUACUGAUCUUUUCCUUAACAAAAUUAUCUUGUUCUCCACCUUGGUCAUUGUUGGCUUUGGCUGCUUCUUCCCCAUCGUGUUUUCUUAUACCAGAAUCAUCUCUGCCAUCCUUAGGAUUAGUUCAGCCUCAGGCAAAAGCAAAGCCUUUUCUACUUGCUCCUCCCAUGUGAUUGUAGUGUCCUUGUUCUUCCUGACAGGUGUUGGUCGAUAUUUGAGCCCUGCUACAGGCUCCAUCCUGGAACAAGUCAUAUCCCUGCAGUAUAGCAUUGUGACACCACUAUUAAACCCUUUCAUAUAUAGCCUGAAGAAUGUGGAAGUCAAAAUAGCCAUAAAGAAAAUGUGGGAAAAGAAAAGUAUCCUCUAUUGA